AUGGUGGUCUGGAAUAACAGUGUUACUAUGGAACUCACCUUUCUCUUAGAGGGCUUCCAUGGGCUGAAGUCUGUUCAUGCUUGGCUCUCAAUUCCAUUUUGUCUUGCAUACCUGGAGGCCUUUCUAGGCAACAUCACCAUCCUCUCUGUUAUCUGGAAUGAGUCUUCACUCCACCAGCCCAUGUAUUAUCUGCUGUCCAUCCUGGCAAUAACUGACCUGGGCAUGUCCAUGUCUACACUCCCCACGAUAUUGGCCAUGUUAUGGUGGGAAGCCCUGGAAAUCAAAGUAGGAGCCUGUUUUACUCAGCUCUUCUUCAUCCACACCUUCACGUUCCUGGAAUCUUCAGUGCUGCUGGCCAUGGCCUUUGACCGAUUCAUGGCUAUAUGUCAUCCACUGCACUACUCAAGCGUCCUCACCAAUGAUAUGAUUGGUAAGACUGGUUUGGGUUGCUUGCUACGAAGUGCAGGAGUCGUGAUGCCCACCCCCAUAUUACUAAGGUGUUAUCAUUAUUGCCACACUAAUGUCCUCAGCCACCCCUUUUGCCUGCAUCAGGAUAUUCUGAAAUUACCCUGCUCUGAUGCCAGUGUCAACAACAUCUAUGGGUUGUGUGUGGUCAUUAUCACACUGGGAACAGACUCAGUCCUCAUCCUCCUCUCCUAUGUCCUAAUUCUCCAUGCUGUACUAGGCAUUGCAUCUUGUGAAGAGCGACUAAAGGCACUCAACACUUAUUUUUCCCAUGUAUGUGUGGUGCUUAUCUUCUUUGUACCUGUAAUAGGGGUAUGCAUGGACUAUCACUUUGGGAAACACCUGCCUCCCAUAGUCCACAUUCUCAUGUCAGACGUUUACCUGCUUCUUCCACCAGUACUCAAUCCCAACAUCUAUAUCUGA